GCGGGGCACAGCGGAAAGUGGAGUGGGCUUGAGGAGUCAGCGAGUCAGUCAGUGUGCCGGUCGUUGUCUGCGGCCGCCGCCGCACAUCGCCGUCGGGACGCACCAUCAAGCUCGACGACCACAAUGGGGCCGGCGUGGACAGGGUGACAAGACGGAAGACACUCCCUCCUCUACAAUGAGUGCGUCAGGCAGCACAGACUGCGUCCUCCCGGUGGACGUCCUGCUGGAGGCCAAGACCACAGCUCGGGCGACCCGCCGGCAGGUCUUUGCCACAAUGUCGGGGACCGUAGGGCGUAUAGCGGCAGGCCCGGCGUGGCAUGGGUUUCCCUGCGUGUUCAGGCCGCGCACCUCGUGACGGUCUAAGGGCUACUCUACCCCUCAGUAGCUGCUCGUGGGUCGCAGCGAUAACAUGAUAAACUACAACACGUUCGUGGACAUGGCGGCGCGCAGCGGCAGCGAGGGAGAAGGAAGGGUUCAACGUCCCUCUGUCUCCUCAUGUCCCGUCGCUAGUGGGAGGCCCGUGAUACAGAGACAAGUGCUGGUGAGCUUGGCAGCUGGACUGGCAUGCGUGGCCGUGGGGUCGUGCCUAGGGUGGCCCUCCCCCACUCUAGCCCGCAUGAGCAGCCCCCACUGGCGGUGGCCGGGCACAGGGAUCGCACACCAAGCCCACCGCCAGCCCCGGCCGCUGUCCGGGGACGAGGGCUCCUGGGUGGUGUCCCUCAUGGACUUGGGCGUGGUGCUUGGGUCGCUGCCUGCCGGCUGGGCUGCGGACCGCUGGGGUCGCCGGCCCAUUCUGCUGCUGAGCGCACCGCUCUUCGUCGUGUCGUGGCUGCUGGUGCUGGUCGCCGAGGGUCCCGAGUUUUUGUACGCGGCCCGCCUCCUCCAGGGGCUAGCCUCGGCCGUAGCCAUGGUCGUGUCCGCCAUGUACGCCGGCGAGGUGUCCGAGGACGGGCUCCGAGGCACCAACAGCACCCUGGUGGCCAUGCUGCUCUCCCUGGGCACGGUGCUGUCGUACUCGGUGGGUCCGUACGUCACGUACCGCGCGCUGGCGUGCGCGCUCCUCGCAGUGCCCGCCCUGUUCGUGAUGUGCUUCUGCUGGGCGCCCGAGUCCCCGCACUGGCUGCUGGCAAAGGGCCGGCGUCUCGAGGCCGAGGAGGCCCUGCGCUACCUCCGCGACGGCGACACCACCAGCAGCGGCCCGCUGCUCGUGUGCGCCGAGGCCGACCGCAUCGAGACCGCCAUAGUGGAGGCGUCGCCGCGAGGCACGGCGGGGACGGCGACCCUGCUGAGUGCCGCUCGGGAGCUACUGCUCGUGUCCGGGCCCGACCGCGCCGCCUUCCUGCUCGUCCUUGGUCUCGUCUGCAUCCAGGCGCUCAGCGGCUCGGAUCCCAUGACUGCGUAUUCGGCCAUCACGCUGCCCGGGGGCUACGUCUUGGACGCCGACCAGGUCGUCAUCGUCUUCGGGGUGGUGAGCACUGUCUCGACGGGGGCGGGCGCGGUGCUCAUCGACCGCGUGGGCCGGCGGCUGCUGCUGAUCGCCUUCGCCUCGCUGCAGUUCGUCUCGCUGCUGGGCUCCGCCGUGUACUACUCGCUCGACGAGCGCACCGAGGUCGACCUCGCCGCGGUGCAGUGGCUCCCGCACACCGCCCUGGUGCUGUACGGCGUGGCGUAUCCCAUCGGCCUGGGCACCGUCCCCAACGCCCUACAGAUGGAGCUGUUCAGCACGCGAGUCAAGGGACUGGCCCUCCCCGCCAUCCUAGUAUCCUUCAACGUGCUCACGUUCACCGUGUCCAAACUGUACGAGGUGGUCUGGCACGCAUGGGGCAAGGACGUAGCGUUCUGGGUGUUCUCCGUCGACUGCCUGCUGGCCGUCCUCCUAGCAACGCUCGCGCUCAAGGAGACAAAGGGGAAGUCCUUCCCGGAGAUCCAAGACCUCUUGGACCCUCGGCGGAAGCAAAGAAACACUCCAACUUGGCCUUCAUGAGAAGCAGCAUGGGUGCAGUAUGUUUGAAAACUGUGCAAGAAUUCCCCUCGGACCCCUACUUUUCCUGGUUAUGCCGUACCGCAUCCACUCGUGUAGGUGCGUUGCCUACUAUCUCGGGGCCGCAAGGCUCCAUAGAUGUAAUGACGGUGGGCAAACCCGCCAGCGCCCCUGCAUUCGGUACCGGACUGGGCCGAUGGAGCAUCCUGUAUGGUGUAUACGGAAGGAAGGGGCGUUAACACGGCUCAAACCCUUUGGAAUGUUGAACUACUUAAAACACGAAUACUUUUAGGGGUCAUGAUGCUUUAUUUUUUGAGAUGGUAUGUGGCGCGGUCACAAUGUUUUCCGUUGCAUUUUCUGUGACUAGUAUUAAGGCACUCAAGACUGAUAGUUGUUGUAUGUCUGUAAAUAUUUACGUUAAGGUAACAAUUAUAGUUGUAAAUCAAUAGCAAA